CUUAGUUACAAGGCAAAGAGCCAGAAACAGCUACAAUGGUGCAGCUGAAGCAAGCUAUGGAGCAGCAGUUUCAGCCGAAGAUGGCGGAACGCUUCGGACACUGUCCAAACGGCAGCUAGUGCAUGUGGAUUCGAGAAGGUCAAAGAUAUGCGGGAUGCGAUGGUGCCAAUGGUAUUCAUGGGUUGACAUCUGUAGAAACUAGGAAGCGGCUGCUCAAGAGGGAGGAGUUAACAUCGAAAGAGGUGUUGGAGAAGGCAGAGCCGUGUAAAGAGUUGGCAAGAACGCACCUCAUUUGAAGCAAAGAGUCACUGAACUAGAAGUGGCAGCUAUUGCACCUAGAGUACCGAGACUCCCUUCUCGAGGACCAGAGACCGAAGUAGAAUUGUAG